AUGGAUUCGUGCCUGUCGCUGCUCAAGAAUGCGGCGACCACCAAGAGUGUCUCGCCAGAGCUGGUGGAGGGCGCCUUGGUGUGGCUGGAGGAGAGCACUGCAGGCGAAAGCAGCGGCGUGGAGAGCAUUGACGGGUCCUGGCGGCUGGUGUUCUCCACCAGCACGGGGCUACGCUUCUUCCAGUACAUCCCGGUCAAGGAGGACCUCGUCAUCGACUCGAAAUCGGGCGCCAUCUCCCUCGAGAGCGAGCUGGGCCCCUUCCGCUUCAUCAUAGGGGGGGCCAUCUCUGCGUGGAAGCCGGCCAAGGGGGAGCUUGACUUCCAAUUCAGUUCCGUGGACAUCCUGCUGUUCGGCAACAAGAUCAAAACACUGUCACCCACGACCAAGCCCAAGACCUACUCGUUCUAUUUCGUCGGCGGGCGCAUCUCAGCGGCGCGGUCCAGCGCUGGGGGUCUGUCGCUUCUGCUGAGGUAG